UGGAGGGCAGUCAGGAAGCAGCCAGCGGGAGGCUUCUAGGACACGGGGAGGGAGGUAGAGAAGACGAGAGUGCAGUGAGUGAGUGUGAGAGAGAGAGAGAGAGAGAGGAGAGUGUUGUGUGUGAGAGAGUAGAAGUGCUCGUUGUUUCUUCGAGCGGAGUGUAUGUAAGCGCAGGGGCACGGAAGAAGAGGAGACAUAGCUCAGCUCUUCUUCUGGGAAUCGCUUCCUGGGCCGCCCCUCCCCCUCCCUCUCCCUGGAAUGGAACAGAGCAAACAUUGCGGGGCCGCUGUGUCUUCUGAGGUGGGCAUGCUGUAGCCGGAUUGCUGCUCCUGCGCCCUCCCUUCAUCCAGGAACCGAAGCCGACGACCACAACCGCAGGUGACGACGAGGACGACGAGAGCAUGCUCUGUGGCAGACAUGAGUGUUGAGGACCGAGGCGUGAAAAGCAGGGACCAUCUGCUUCGGAAGUAGGCCGAAGCUCGCGCAGGCAGCAGGCAGGCAGGCUUCUUGUUGAGCGACCGAGUAGCAGAGCCAUUGACUCCAGGAAAUGGAAGCCAAUGCAGGUCUCGUGGCGGGCUCUCACAACAGGAACGAACUGGUGGUUAUCCGACCAGAAAAUGAUGGGCCGAAGCCUCUGAACCACGUCAAUGGGUGCAUCUGCCAAAUUUGUGGAGACGAUGUCGGCAUUACGCCCGCCGGGGAGCUCUUCGUUGCCUGCAACGAAUGCGCUUUCCCGGUCUGCCGACCCUGCUACGAGUAUGAGAGGAAGGAUGGGAAUCAAACUUGCCCUCAGUGCAAAACGAGAUACAAACGUCACAGAGGUAGCCCCCGUGUCAAUGGGGACGAUGAAGAGGAGGACACCGACGAUUUGGACAAUGAGUUCAACUUCCGGGACGACAAACAGGACCAGCCUCAGCAAGUUACCGAUCUGCUGCACGGGCGCAUGACUUUCGGUCGGCCCGACGACGAUAACCUCCCUCCCUCGUACAUGAUGCAGCCCAUGCAGCCACAAUUUCCUCUACUCACCAAUGGGCAGCCUAUCAAUGGCGAGGCCUCCUCAGUGUCCGUUCCACCGGAGCACCAGGCUCUGAUGGUUCCUCCUGUCAUGGGAGGCGCAGUGAAGCGUGUUCACCCUUUGACUUUCAUCGACUCGCCCAACAAUCUAUCUGUCUCUUCGGCCAGACCCAUGGACCCCUCCAAAGAUUUGGCCCAGUAUGGAUACGGGACCGUCGCAUGGAAAGAGCGAGUCGAUAGCUGGAAGCAGAGGCAGGAGAAGAUGCAAAUGAUGAUGACCGAGGGCGGUCAGCAUCUCUCCCAGGGCAAGGGCGGCGAGCCCGACGAUGGUGGUCCCAAUGGGCCUGAUCUGCCAAUCAUGGAUGAGUCUCGUCAGCCCUUGUCGAGGAAGGUGCCCAUCGCCUCGAGCAAGAUCAAUCCCUACCGCAUGCUCAUCGUCAUCCGUCUCGUCGUGCUGGGAUUCUUUUUCCGAUACCGUAUUCUGAACCCGGUGGAAUCCGCCUACGGGCUGUGGCUCACAUCCGUCGUCUGCGAAAUCUGGUUUGCGGUUUCGUGGAUUCUCGAUCAGUUUCCCAAGUGGCUGCCCAUCAACCGAGAAACAUAUUUGGACAGACUGUCUCUGAGGUACGAGAAGGAGGGAGAGCCCUCGCAAUUGGCGUCGGUCGACAUCUACGUGAGUACAGUGGAUCCGCUGAAGGAGCCACCCAUCGUCACGGCGAACACGGUGCUGUCCAUCCUGUCAGUGGACUACCCUGUGGACAAGGUGUCGUGCUACGUGUCUGACGAUGGAGCCGCAAUGCUCACAUUCGAGGCCCUAUCCGAGACCUCCGAGUUCGCCCGCAAGUGGGUUCCUUUCUGCAAGAAGUUCGCGAUCGAGCCCCGUGCACCUGAGAUGUACUUCGCCCAGAAGAUCGACUAUCUGAAGGACAAGGUCCAGCCAACAUUCGUCAAGGAGCGAAGAGCCAUGAAGAGAGAAUAUGAAGAAUUCAAGGUGCGCGUGAAUGCUUUGGUCGCCAAAGCCCAGAAGGUCCCCGAAGAAGGAUGGACGAUGCAGGAUGGAACUCCAUGGCCCGGUAACAACACCCGUGAUCACCCAGGAAUGAUUCAAGUGUUUUUGGGUCACAGCGGUGGGCACGACACAGACGGAAACGAGCUUCCUCGCCUUGUGUACGUGUCAAGAGAGAAGCGUCCAGGAUUCAAUCACCACAAGAAGGCAGGAGCUAUGAAUGCAUUGGUUCGUGUGUCGGCCGUUCUUACCAACGCUCCCUACAUGCUCAAUCUCGAUUGUGAUCAUUACAUCAACAACAGCAAAGCUAUCAGAGAGGCAAUGUGCUUCAUGAUGGAUCCCACCAUCGGAAAACGAGUUUGCUAUGUCCAGUUCCCUCAGAGGUUCGAUGGUAUUGAUAGGAACGAUCGAUAUGCCAAUCACAACACCGUCUUUUUCGAUAUUAAUUUGAAGGGUCUGGAUGGAAUUCAAGGGCCAGUGUACGUGGGUACCGGAUGUGUCUUCAAGAGACAUGCGCUGUAUGGUUUCGAGCCCCCAUUGAAGGAAAGUGAGAAGAAGCGCAACAGCUGCUGCCCACAAUGGUGCUGUGGACCCCGCAAGGGAGUGAAGCAAAACAAGCCCAAACCCGCCAACAAGCGCGGAAAGAAGAACAAGAAGGCUCCCGCCAGAAGCGACUCCACUAUCCCUAUUUUUAACCUCGAGGACAUUGAAGAGGGUAUGGAAGGUCUCGAUGAUGAGAAGUCAUCAUUGAUGUCCAUGAAGAACUUCGAGAAGAGAUAUGGGCAAUCACCGGUUCUCAUUGCAUCUACUCUGUUGGAGAACGGUGGAGUACCCCACAGCGCAAAUGCAGGAUCCCUUCUGAAGGAAGCUAUUCACGUCAUCAGUUGUGGUUACGAAGAUAAAUCUGAGUGGGGAAAAGAGAUCGGAUGGAUCUACGGAUCAGUUACAGAGGAUAUUUUGACCGGUUUCAAGAUGCACACACGCGGAUGGCGCUCAAUCUACUGCAUGCCCACAAGACCUGCAUUCAAGGGAUCUGCUCCAAUCAAUCUGUCCGAUCGUCUGCAUCAAGUGCUUCGAUGGGCGCUGGGAUCCAUUGAGAUUUUGCUCAGCAAGCAUUGUCCUCUAUGGUACGGAUUUGGAGGAAGGUUGAAAUGCCUGGAGAGACUGGCGUACAUCAACACCAUCGUGUACCCAUUGACAUCCUUGCCUCUUGUUGCCUACUGUGCUCUUCCUGCUAUCUGCCUUCUGACCGGAGAAUUUAUCAUCCCAACGAUUAGUAACUUGGCCAGUCUGUUCUUUAUUUCUCUCUUCCUUUCCAUUUUCGCCACCGGUAUUCUGGAGAUGAGGUGGUCCGGCGUCGGAAUUGACGAAUGGUGGAGAAAUGAGCAGUUUUGGGUCAUCGGAGGAGUGUCGUCUCAUUUGUUUGCCGUGUUCCAAGGUCUGUUGAAGGUGUUAGGAGGUAUCGACACCAAUUUCACUGUCACAUCGAAGCAAGCUGACGACGAGAACUUCGGAGAGCUGUACGCCUUCAAGUUCACAACUCUGCUCAUUCCCCCAACCACGCUGCUCAUCAUCAACCUUGUAGGAGUGGUUGCCGGUAUCUCUGACGCCAUCAACAAUGGCUACCAAUCCUGGGGACCCCUGUUCGGAAAGCUCUUCUUUGCCUUCUGGGUGAUCGUGCAUUUGUACCCGUUCCUGAAGGGUCUUAUGGGCAGGCAAAACCGCACACCAACCAUUAUCAUUGUGUGGUCCAUUCUUCUGGCUUCCAUCUUUUCCCUGCUGUGGGUGCGAAUCGACCCCUUCCUGCAAAGGGUGGAAGGACCAAACCUGGCAUCUUGUGGCAUCAAUUGUUGAUGGAGCCAUUUUUCGGAGCUCCAUCAGUAUAUAGAUCUCCGCCUCAUUCACCACCGAUCCACCAUCCGAAAAUUUGGAUGAGAGCCUCCUGACGUGUGCACAGCAGGGCGAGGUUAACAGAGCUUUAAUUCGACAUCACGUGGAGGCGAUUGUAGAUAAUAAGAGAUUUGGGUAACAUACACGGCUGAGACAUUGCGCUGUAUUAUUUAUGUCUGUACCUUGCUGGUUUUUCACACAGCCCAGGGCUGUGGCUGUUGCGGGGCGGCCUUGAAGAAGAAGAUGAUGGUGAUAUCGAUAUCGUUUAUUCAGCGGAGAGACUUGCUUGAGAGAAGACUUGCGUAGAUGUAGAUGAUAGUCUCUCCUUGUCCAGUGAACUGAAGGCAGGUGCAGUACAGUUCAGGUGUGGAUCAUCAUGGCGGCGGACGCACUACCAUGGCUGUGGUGAGCCUAUUCUGGAACUGUUGUAAGGUGCGGAUGUGGAGUGAGGGAUGUAAAUCUGUGGACAUCCUUUGGCACUGCAUUUCUCAGGGGAAGGCGCCAAACAAUGUGCAUAUUUAUUCCACUAAAUUUAUCGAUAAUUUGCUUCAAUAAGCAUUCUGAGCAUACUGUCUUGCUCACGAGUGAAAGCCAUCAGCAAGGAGAUGUGUUCAUUCACAUCCUAGAUUUCGUGUUGAGCAAGCCACACCAUCCACACCAGCCAGCCAUUCGCAUGUAGGAACGACAUCUUCCAUUAUUCUUGAGAAUUCUCAAGUGUGGAAAUACAAGCAGCUUAUGGAUUUCAUUUACUUUCCGGACACUCGCGGCCAUUAGGGAAUGUGGUCUUCUUCUGCUCGUGCCUUCUUGCGCUCCGGGUGGCUUGUUUACGAUCAGCAGUACUUACUAGCCAAAAUUGAAUUUAGCCCUCGUGGCAGUGACUGUCAUAGAAUGCUUGGAAGUAUCCAUCACGUAAGGAGAGUGAGCUCGUAGGCCAACUGGUAGGUACUGAAGUGGGUUUGAUGGUUGAGUUUUCACCAUCAGGCAAGUAGACUUAGGGGCGAGCUGGUAAUAGCAAGUCUCCACUUGCCUUGGCCAGGAUCGUGGCUUUGACCCGCGGAAUGUACUUCUGCUGUACGGCUGUCUUUCCUUGGGAGGGAUUAUUUAUCCCUUCACGCUUUCGGUUGACAGUCCCUCUUCGUGGGCUGUGGCACAGAUGAUCGUCCUCCUGGGGACGUCUCGGAGCAUCAAACAAGGAUACGAAGAAGCUUGUUUGUAUUAGAUACCAAUUGGAAUUUGAAAUGUAUCGAUCAUGAAUUUUUUC